CUCUCGGCCGUUUCAUCACCAUUUUCUCAAACAUGGCGGAAAGAGGUGGCUCUUCCUUUUCAAAUUCAAGUUUGUCUGGGUCUUCAAGUCGAAUCGAUAGUGUUCAAGUUGAAGGACUGGUUGUGUUGAAAAUUAUCAAACACUGCCAAGAUGAAAGAUCAGCUGGCGAGGUUGUUCAAGGAGUUUUACUUGGAUUGAUUCAGAAUAACAAACUUGAGAUAACAAACUGCUUCCCUUUCCCCUCUUCGAGAGCUGGUGAUGAUGAUGAUGAGGAUGAUGUAAACUACCAAAUGGAGAUGAUGCGUCGGCUACGGGCUGUAAAUGUGGACCAUUUGCAUGUUGGAUGGUAUCAAUCAACAUACCUUGGCUCAUUUAUCAAUAGAAAUUUACUUGACUCUCAGUUCAGUUAUCAGAGUUCAAUUGAAGAAUCUGUCGUACUUAUCUAUGAUCCACUCAAGACUUCACAAGGAAUGUUGUCUCUCAAAGUAUUCCGUUUGUCUGACAAAAUGAUGUCAAUGUACAAAGAUGAAGAAUUUAGUGCUGAAAAGCUUGCAAAGAGUGGUCUUAGUUUUGAAGCCAUGUUUGAAGAGAUUCCUCUUGUGAUAAGGAAUUCUUCCCUCAUCAAUUCUCUGUUGUGUGAAGUCGAGGUAUUAUCACCUCACACGCAAACAGACAAUUUUCUGAGCCUCUCUACAGGUUCCUAUUUAGAAAAGAAUGUUCGGCUGCUCAUGGCAACUGUAGACGAACUUUGUCAAGAUGCCAAUAAAUUCAACAAUCAUCUGCGAAAUGUAGCAAGGCAACAACAACAGAAAGAAGCUUACAUUCAGAGAAGGCAAGGGGAAAAUGCUCAGAGGAAUUCUCGGGGAGACCCUCCCUUACCAGAGGAAGAUUUGUCAAAGAUAUUUAAACCACUGCAGUCACCAUCUCGACUUGAUUACCUUCUGUUAUCUCAACAAGUUAACACAUACAGUAAACAAGUGAAUCAGUUUGCCACUCACAGCUUUGGUAAGCUGUUUCUUGCACAAGCUCUGCAGGAUAAUGAAAAAUAGAUCUUGUAUGGACUGAACUGGAAAAUAAAAACCAACUUGUACCUCCAA